UCAUUGCGUUAGUAUUAAGCAACAACAAUUGCCGCAGAAGUCGCAGCACCCGUUUAUUUUAUCUAAUGCAUUGCCUUUAAAUUUAAACAAAAAUAGUCUUUUAAUAAGUUUAAGCUCGUAACGCCGUGUAACAAAGCCAGUGUACUAAUGUCCAUAACUUUACUGCGAGGUGGCAAGCAAAAGACAACCACUUGCGUAGGAAUGACCGUAAUGGCCAAAACUACAAUUGAAGAAAUAUGCGAGAAUGCCAAAUUAGCCAGAGACAUGGCCCUGACAGGCAACUACGACUCGGCCUGCAUAUACUACGAGGGAUUACAGGGCAUGCUGGCGCGCCUGCUAAAGAGUACCGUGGAUCCCAUGCGCAAGGGCAAGUGGAACAUGAUCACUCAGCAAAUCAAUCAGGAACAUGCUAAAGUAAAGGCCAUACAGCGCACACUGCAGGACAUUUCGUUGGAUUUGCAAAAUACUAAAUUUGCCCAUAAGCUGCGCGCACAGUUUAGUGACGACAGCAAUGUGAACGAUCCCGCUGCCUGGUUUAAACCCGAUCCGGAUAUAUGGACGCCGCCUCCGAAAGAUCCCGAUGUCUGGGGACCACCGAAGCCUCCGCCGCCCGUCCAGCAGGUGGGUCGACGUGCCACCACCACAAAUAGCCGUCGAACGGCAGGCGGCGCCCCAAACAGCGGCCGACCCAGCACAAUCCCACAGAGCACUGCCCGCAACGGUCCUGGCACGGCGCGCAACAGUCGAGGAUCAGCCUCCACAUCGAACAGUGCGCGCGGCGGCGCCAACGGCCGUGUGGCCGGUCGCAAAUUGUCCACCUCAAAUAGUACCAACAACAACAACAAUAAUAAUAACCAUGAUGACGCGACAGCGGCUGUCAGCAAUGGCUCCACAGCGGACGGCGAUGGGAGCGAACAGCAGGCUACAGAAGAGGAGCGGAAGUUUCAGCCGAACAAUCACAUCGAAGCCGAACUGGUGGACAUACUGGAGCGCGAUAUACUACAAAAGGAUCCGAAAGUGCGGUGGAGCGACAUUGCCGAUCUGCACGAUGCCAAGCGAUUGCUGGAGGAAGCCGUUGUGCUGCCCAUGUUGAUGCCAGACUACUUCAAGGGCAUACGACGUCCGUGGAAAGGCGUCCUAAUGGUUGGCCCACCUGGCACUGGCAAAACGAUGCUAGCCAAGGCGGUGGCCACCGAAUGUGGCACCACCUUCUUCAAUGUCAGCUCCGCUACGCUCACAUCCAAAUAUCGCGGUGAGUCGGAGAAGAUGGUGCGUCUGCUCUUCGAGAUGGCGCGCUUCUAUGCGCCGAGCACAAUUUUCAUUGAUGAGAUCGAUUCGCUGUGCUCGCGACGUGGCUCCGAAUCGGAGCACGAGGCAUCGCGACGCGUCAAAUCGGAGUUGCUGGUGCAAAUGGAUGGCGUGGGCGGCGGGGAGGAGCAGGCCAAAGUUGUCAUGGUGCUGGCAGCCACCAACUUUCCAUGGGACAUCGAUGAGGCGUUGCGCAGGCGUCUGGAGAAGCGCAUCUAUAUACCAUUGCCCACGGAUGAGGGACGCGAGGCGCUGCUCAAGAUCAAUUUGCGUGAAGUGAAGGUGGACGAUAGCGUCGAUCUGAACUAUGUGGCCAAUCAGCUGGAAGGCUACUCCGGCGCUGACAUCACCAAUGUGUGCAGGGAGGCCAGCAUGAUGUCGAUGCGACGCAAGAUCGCCGGCCUAACGCCGGAACAAAUACGACAGCUGGCCACCGAGGAGGUGGAUCUGCCGGUGUCCAAUAAGGACUUCAACGAAGCCAUCAGUCGCUGCAACAAGAGCGUGUCGCGUGCAGAUCUGGACAAGUACGAGAAAUGGAUGAUGGAAUUCGGUUCGUCAUGAUGGCGUUACAUGCAACACACAAUUUCCAUCGAUUCUAGGCAUCUAUUUAUAUAUAUACAACUAUUUUUUGAUAACAAUAACACCAACAACAACCACAUCCACACACGGAUAGUUUUAGUGAGAAACCUUUUAAAGUGUUAAACCGGCCGCAGAGAUAAUGUUGAACAUAUUUUAUAUAUAACAUUUUGAAUAUGUAUAUGUGUAUAUAUGAUAUAUGCAUAUAAGAACGAAGCGUUGGAAUUCAAAAGACUAACAGUAAAUUAAAGAGGGAGAACUAAAUAUAACAG